AUGGCCGCUGCUGACCCCAUCCUGCCCCCCGAGGAGGUGGCUUUGCUGGAGAUGGGGAAGGUGACCGUGGCUACUCCCCUGGACAAGGUGCCACCAGCCCUGGACGAACACCCUGGGGACCCCGAUGCCACCCUGCCGUGGGACCACAGACAGCACAGCGCCCAGCCGGAGCUCGCCCACACCAAGAGGCGCUCGAGUCCCGAAGGGGAGGAUGAAGACCCCGAGGAGGCCUCUCUCACCGGGCCCCCUGUGGAGGCCGAAGACAAGGAAGCCCCUGAGCUGCCCGUGAUGGUGACCCACGCCUUUGUCCCCAUUGACCCACAGUGCAUCGAGCGCACGCCCGGCAAGCAGAAGCCACAACCCUCCCCGUGGCCACGGGAGGAGGGCAAGGGACCGGCGAGCGCGGGGACGCAGUGCCCGUGCGCCAGAGACUGCGGCAGCGCCAACCUCAAGGCAGUGGCUUCCUUGGUGGGGGCCCUGCUCCUCUGCCCCUGCUUCCUCUACGGGGCCUACGUCUUCCUGCCCUUCGAUGCCCCGCUGCUGCCAACCAUCAGCGCACGCCUGAUCUACACCCUCCGCUGCGCCGCCUUUGCCACGUUCCCCAUUGUUUUGG